UGCAGGGUCAGGGGUUUCCAGUAUGGGCGGAGCGAGGCUCCAGGGCAACAAACCAGGAAGUAGAACCGGUUUGUAGUUUCCAAUAUGUUCCUCUGCGGCGGAUAUAAAGCACGCCUGCGGCGGCAUAGCGUCCUUACGUGACUCGGUGCUCGAACCCCCGGCUGUCCGCGAUGUGUGAGGCCGUGCUGCUGGAUCUCAAACACGGCUGCAGUCCCGCGUGCCUCGGCGCGGCUGCGCCGGAGGAGUCUCAUGUUUUCCUGCUCCUCGGGACCCGUUCCCCGGAGGACGUUAACGACUUUUCAGGUGCGUUUCAGGGCGCGUGCGGCGGGAGCGUGCACGUGCUGGACUCCGGCUCCACCGCGGAGAGUUUGUACCGGCUCAAGCAGACCGUGGACCGGCUGCAGCUGAGCUCCAUCCGGGUUCUUACGACCGCGCAGGGCCGGGACGUCCUGCUUCUCUACCAGCAGCUGCUGUUUACGGCAGUGUACACCUUUGAUUACGUCACCUGUCCGAGCUGCACAAGCCCCGCCCACACGGACUCACCUGGAGGGAAAAAGGAGGAGGAGAGAAAAAAAGAAGGAGGGGGGGGGAGGGGGGGGGGGGGGGGGGGGGGAGGAGGAGGAGGAGGAGGAGGAGGAGAAGAAGAAGUCCAGGAAGAAGUUUCCGUGUUUGUGCAGCAGCUGCCAGCGCUGAAAGGAGAAAUCACAGUCCUGAAGUCCACUCUGAUCCCAGGUCAGUUUUCGCAUGGCUUCACCCAGUGGGGGUUGUGCUCCAUCCCUCCCCUCUCCUCCCUCAACCUGUUCAGCAGCAGGCGGGAGGGCCCCGUUGCUGGUGAACGGAAGAGACCGGCGGGCCGCCGGCUGCUGGUCCACGCUGGUUCUCCCUCGGCCUCGAUCAAGAUUCCCAAGGUGAACCACGGCAGCGAUGUCUGGGUGGUGGGCACCCCCGAGCCGGAGAGCUACGACGCCAUGGUAACGGACCAGACGGGCGUGGUCCUGGCCGCGCCGGGGGCCGACUGCAUGCCCGUCCUGUUCGCUGACCCCGUGUCAAAGGUCAUCGGAGCCGCCCACGCAGGUUGGAGAGGAACCCUGAUGGGUGUUGCCGCGGCGACCGUGGAUGCCAUGGUGAAGGGGUUCGGUUGCCGGGCGAGCGACAUCGUGGUUGCUGUGGGCCCGUCGGUGGGGGCGUGCUGCUACACGAUGGAGAGAGAGACGGCGCUCGGCUUCCAGCGCGUUCACCCGGACUGCGUCAGUGACCCCGAGUCACCCCGGCCGCACGUCGAUAUCCGAUUGGCCAACAGACUCGAUUACUGCAACGCGCUGUUCUCAGCCCUCCCCUGCCUGUACGACCAAAAGUCUCCAGCUCGUAUGCGGCAGCCCAAGUUUUGACUAAGACAAACAUUUUUUUGCCACAUUUCACCAGUUCUGGCUGCUCUACAUUGGUUACCUGUGCAAACCAGGGCUGAUUUUAAGGUUCUUCUUUUGACUUAUAAAACCUGAAAAGGACUUGCGCCUGCCUACUUAAGUGAGCUGGUCACCGGGGCCUUUGCCUUUCGUGCACCCUCCCUCUGGAAUGGUCUUCCAUCCAACGUUAGGGAGGCAGGCUCAGUGGAUAUUUUAAAAUCAUUUCUUUAUUCAAAGUAUUAUGAACAUGUUUAAAAUGCAUAACUUUUGAACCUUUGUUUUAUUGUUUAUUUCAUUAUGCAUUAUCAUUCGUUGUUUUAUUUCAUGUCUUAACAGUUUUAACUUGUGGUAUUCCAAUUACAUUCCUAUUUGUGUUGUUUAUUUUAUAUUUAAUUCCGCCUUUUAUAUUGGCUAAAUUGUAAAUUUUCAAUUUUUGGUGUGAAGUGUUCUGAGACCAUGGUCCAUGGUGAUAAUUCACUAUGAAUGACAAUAAAUUGAAUUGAAUUA